CAGGACUGACUCACUGAAGCACAAGCACCGUGUCCCACCUCCUCCUUUUCUCCUCCUCCUCCCUUCAUCCAUUCCCUCCCUUUCCCACACAGAAACAAUCUCUCCCUCUCUCCAGCAUGUUUCCCAAAGCUGCACAUGGUUAUUGUCCAACGUAUUACUUUCCUCUGGUUCUAUAGCAAAGAGGCAGCAUGUUAUAGAGGGAUCUUCCUGACACACCAGCUGGACCCACAGGGGUUUUCAACAUUGGAUAACGCCGCAGAUUUGGUGCCUUAACUUGUGUAAACAAACCAGUAUGCUUCUUGAUUGAUGCUCGGGAUUCUGAUGAGUCAUUGAAAUACACCCCAAGUUUGAACAAUCAAACAGGUGACAUAUAUUCAGCCUCAAGUCUCCGCAGUCAUCUUUACCAAACUGACCUGGGGUGACUUUACAGAAUCAACAUGAAAGAUAGCUAUAGUGGCUACGAGAACCAGCUUUUUAAUGAGGAGGACUUAACUGGAGAAGAAGAGGAAAUUCCUCCCUUGAGAGGAAGAGCAAGAGGAGGAUGUAUGAAAUGUCAGCAGACACAUUCUCUUCAGCUAGCUGUCAAAAUGCUCUAUGGUUUUUUAGCUUUGCUCAUCAUUGCAGUGGCCGUGUUGGCAUCCCUUGUUUUCAGGAGAGUUGACACCUUAUCUGAAGAGGAGACGUUUUACCGCAAACAGAUUUCAAAGGUCCAAGAAAGCAUAAAAGAUAUCAGCGCUGUAAACAACUAUUCCAACUGCUUAGAUGUUGCUCAGUACAAAGAGGAGAUUGCCAGACUGAAGAAAGAGUAUGAGAAGAUCCAGAAGAUAGUACUCAGUCAAGAGCAGCAGUUGGAACAGGCGACUCAAUCUCAGCAAAGUCUUACGCAAUCCAGCAACAGAAUGACUAGAGACCUCCAGUCCUUUGGAAUUAUCAUCAAGCGGAUAAACCAGUCUCUGGGCCAGUACCUGGAUCAGGUAACUGGCUGGCAGGUUGUCAUCAGUGAAACUGAUCAGGGCAUGAAAACCCUUAUUGAGGAUCAGUAUGAUUUGAAGGCCAUAAUGCAACAAGUCAACACUACUGUCGCCCUUAGUGCGUUGUGGAUAGGUGCUCUUCAGAGGAAGGCAGAAGAGGAGACCUUGGUGCUUCAAAAAAUAACAGCAGACUGGCAGAACUACAGCAGAGUUUUAAGUGCCCUGAAGUCUAAUGCCAGCAUAACCAUGCAGACCGUGAGGGCUGUUCAGAAUGGUGUCUCUGCCACUCACCAGCGUAUCAGCAUGAGUUCAGAGAUGGUGCAUGACCUCACUCUGCAAGUCAUAAACCUUCAGAUGCAACUGGAUAAUGUCUCGUCUUACAUUGAUGAACAUGAGGAGAACAUGCAUGACCACCAGUACCAUGCCAAGUACUACGAGAACCGAACCGGGGAACGAUUUGUGACUUUGGAUGCAAGAAUGAAGUCCAUUGAAAUGGAGAUCGACACGCUCUCUUCCAGCUUCAAAGCAACCGUUAGCCAUGUUCGGAGCAUGUACCAAUACAUCAACCAAGAGAGUUCCUCUUGCCAAUCCAGGCUGAACAGUCACACAGAAGAUUUGCAGAACCUGAACAACACAGUCUUGCUUCUCCUUCACCUUGCUGACACUCUGAGAAUGCAGUACAUGAUGUUGAAUGUACGCCUCAAUGCUGAUGUGAGGAACCUAUCAAUGGUGGUUGAGGAGAUGAAGCUGGUAGACACCAGUCAUGAAAAGCUGAUCCAGAACUUCACUAUUCUGAAAGGUGUGUCUGGUCCACCAGGUCCAAAAGGAAAUAGGGGAGAAACCGGAGCCAAAGGACCUGUAGGUGUAACCGGACCGAAAGGUGACAGGGGACUUGCAGGGAAUCGUGGAACUCAAGGACUUAAGGGCGCUAUGGGAAUUAAGGGUGAUCAAGGUGUACAAGGAUCUUCAGGAAUGAGAGGUGGGCCAGGCCUUAAAGGAGAAAAAGGGUCUUUAGGGCCACCAGGGCCUCGUGCUGAAAAGGGACAGAAGGGUGAUAUGGGGGCUGCUGGGAAGGAUGGAAUUCCUGGCCCCAAAGGACCGGCAGGUAUCCGAGGGCAAGCUGGACUCCCAGGGGUACAUGGCCCUCCUGGACCACUAGGAGUACAAGGCCCUGUGGGACCACCGGGGCCACGUGGAAUACCUGGACCACCAGGGAAGCCUGCUCAGAGUUCAUAAGCAGAUAGACAUAAAACUUCAAAAUAUCCCAAAUGGUGAUACACUGACUGCCUUUCUGGACAGACUGAUGAUGAUGGUGGUAAACAUUCACUUAGAGAUCUCUCGCAAAGCAAGAUGAUAGUGGGGACUCUUCGGGAUCUUAGAGGCCCACAUGUACAUUCACCAAAUAUGGAGUUUGCUCUGAACAACAAUACACUUUGUAUAGGCAUUCAACACUCUUGGAUAGACCUCAAGCCUAAUUCUAUAUAGGAUAUUGAGCCACUUCAUAAACAGUUCUUGUUUUAACAAUGGUUACAGAGCCAGGCUGCUAUGAAACCAUACUAGGUACCAUUCAUUAGACUCAAUCAUUAGCCAGCAUUAGCAUAUGAACACAGAUAAACAUAGGACAAAUGGGACUGUGCUUUAUUGCUUUUUAUGAAGUGUAUUUAGUAGUGCAGUAUUGGCGUCAUAAUCACAGAACAUUCAGAGCAGGUACUCUGAAACAUGAUUUUUAUUAGUUCAAGUAAACCAAAUAUUUCCACUCCUUAAAGGUACCAUAGAUUCAAGCUUAUGAAACAUUGUGCGAAAAGUUACACAUUAUUUGACAGUUGCUGGCAUUGCAUGAAACUGCAAAACCAAGGCACUGAGCAAAUUUACAGAACUGUUACAAACUGUACAAACAAAUUUAUUUCAAUGAUUGGCAAUGUGCAACAUUAAGUUUUAAUGUUCAUAUUGGUUUGAUUUCCCAAUUUGUAAAUAUAGAAUUUUAACAGGUGUAAUUUUAUGGGGUUCAUGUGUUUUUGAGGACUUCAUGAUGUGUUAGCAUACAGUUUAUUCUCUUUGCACAACAAUAAAGGGUUAUAUGAAUGUAAAAAGG